UGUUCGCCCGCCGGGUGAGCGCGGGCCGCGUCUCCCCUCUCGCCUUCUCGCCGCCUCGGCGGGGCCUGCGGGGCCGCCAUGGUUCUGCUGCACGUGAAGCGGGGCGACGAGAGCCAGUUCCUGCUGCAGGCGCCGGGGAGCACGGGGCUGGAGGAGCUCACGGUGCAGGCCGCCCGCGUCUACAACGCGCGGCUCAAGGUGCAGCGCGUCUGCUCAGAAAUGGAAGAAUUAGCAGAACAUGGCGUAUUUCUCCCUCCUAAUAUGCAAGGACUGACUGAUGACCAGAUUGAAGAACUGAAGUUAAGGGAUGAAUGGGGUGAGAAGUGUGUACCCAGCGGGGGUUCUGUAUUUAAGAAGGAUGAUAUUGGACGAAGGAAUGGGCAAGCUCCAAAUGAAAAAAUGAAGCAAGUUUUAAAGAAGACUAUAGAAGAGGCCAAAGCAAUAAUAUCUAAGAAACAAGUGGAGGCCGGCGUCUGUGUUACCAUGGAGAUGGUGAAGGACGCCUUGGACCAGCUUCGAGGUGCCGUGAUGAUUGUUUAUCCCAUGGGGUUGCCACCAUACGACCCUAUCCGGAUGGAGUUUGAAAAUAAAGAAGACCUGUCUGGAACUCAGGCGGGACUCAGUGUCAUUGAAGAAUCAGGUGCACAACUGUGGUGGGCAGCCAAGGAGUUAAGAAGAACAAAGAAGCUUUCAGACUACGUGGGCAGAAAUGAAAAAACCAAAAUUAUCGUCAAGAUUCAGCAAAGGGGACAAGGAGCUCCAGCCCGAGAGCCCAUUAUUAGCAGUGAGGAGCAGAAACAGCUGAUGCUGUAUUAUCACAGAAGACAAGAGGAACUGAAGAAAUUGGAAGAAAAUGAUGACGACUCCUGUUUAAAUUCCCCGUGGGCAGAUAACACUGCUCUGAAAAGACAUUUUCAUGGGGUACAAGACAUCAAGUGGAGACCAAGAUGAAGUUCACCGGAUGAUGAAGCUUUCACAAAUAUUAGCUCACCUUUCUUUAGGCAAAAUAAUAAUAGUAAUAAUAAUAAUAACUAAGACGGGUACUCACAACCCUCUGGAAAAGAUGUAAUUUCUAGUUUUCCUAGUUUUUUGGUUUGAAUUUUUGAAAGUUUUUCAGGGUUUUAGAAUUUAAUAAAUACAUCCUCAAAAGAA